GGCUCUGGGGGCGGCUGCCCCCGCUGCCGGGCGCGCCCCGCCGGCCCGCGGCCCAUUUCGCUUUCCAGCCGGACCCGGCGCCCAGCGCGUACGGGCAAACUCAGAAGAUGAAUCUCUUCCAGUCAAUAACGAGUGCCUUGGAUAAUGCUUUAGCCAAAGACCCAACUGCUGUAAUAUUUGGUGAAGAUGUAGCCUUUGGUGGAGUCUUCAGGUGUACAGUUGGUUUGCAAGACAAAUAUGGUAAAGACAGAGUUUUUAACACACCAUUGUGUGAGCAAGGAAUUGUUGGUUUUGGGAUUGGAGUUGCUGUUGCAGGUGCUACGGCCAUUGCAGAAAUUCAGUUUGCAGAUUACAUUUUUCCAGCUUUUGAUCAGAUUGUUAAUGAAGCAGCAAAAUAUCGCUACCGCUCUGGAGAUAUGUUCAACUGUGGCAGUCUUACCAUCAGAGCCCCCUGGGGUUGUGUGGGCCAUGGUGCACUGUAUCACUCUCAAAGUCCGGAAGCAUUUUUUGCUCACUGUCCAGGAAUAAAGAUUGUUAUUCCAAGAAGUCCUGUUCAGGCCAAAGGAUUGCUGCUAUCAUGCAUAGAGGACAAAAAUCCAUGCAUAUUCUUUGAACCUAAAAUACUUUACCGAGCUGCAGUGGAACAAGUCCCUGUGGAGCCUUAUAACAUUCCACUGUCUCAAGCUGAGGUGCUGCAGACAGGCAGUGAUGUGACACUGGUUGCUUGGGGGACUCAGGUACAUGUGAUCAAAGAGGUAGCAACAAUGGCUCAAGAAAAACUUGGUGUAUCCUGCGAAGUUAUUGAUCUGAGGACCAUCUUACCUUGGGAUGCAGAGACUGUUUGCAAGUCAGUGGUGAAGACUGGACGAUUGCUGAUCAGCCAUGAGGCGCCUUUGACAGGAGGAUUUGCGUCUGAAAUCAGUUCAACAGUUCAGGAGGAGUGCUUUUUGAAUUUAGAGGCUCCUAUUUCAAGAGUGUGUGGCUAUGACACUCCUUUCCCUCACAUCUUUGAGCCUUUCUACAUCCCAGACAAAUGGAAAUGCUAUGAUGCACUUCGAAAAAUGAUAAAUUACUGAGAAGCAAUACAGAAUCCUACACUAUCCUGCUGGAAUGAAAGGAGGAGGAAGAAAUUUUGUGAUAAUACAACCGAAAAUGAAGCUCUUUGAUAUGUUUCUAAUCAAAAUGACAUUGUCAAAUCUUCUGUAAAUCUCUUCUGUAAGUGCUGUUUAUAGAAUUUAUUCUUUCAAAUAAGCUAUAAGCAUUAUAUAUGUUUUCUGAUUGGAAGCUAUUUUUUCUAUGAAGAAAAAUUAUUUAAAAAAAAUUCUCUCCUUGUAAAAAAAUCAAUAGAUAUUUUAUUAAUUUUCUUGUAAAAUGUACUGGCAUUAUAUUUCAAAGCAUAUGAAGUAGACACAAUUACAGUAGUGCCAAAGUAAAAUUUGCUUUGUUAAUUAAUAGCCUCAGCACUAUAUACCUUGUAUUGGUAGUUUUCAUAGAUGCAAGCAUUUUCUAAUUUACUGUGGAGGUUGAAUUCAAGUUGCAUAUAUGGAAAUACUGAAAUAACAUAUGUUUUAGUAAAUACAUUUAGCAAAUAUUUGCUCUUAAUAAUGACUUCUACAAUCUGUUUGGGUAGUAGGUUUUAUAUUUGCAGUGAGUGGAAAUGUGUAAUUUUUUUAAUAAUAUAAAAAUUAUUCCUCUUUCCUCUGUUUUGGUUGUCAGAAGCAUUUCUUCCUGGCAAAAAUGGUUCAUUUUAAAAUAUGUGCUGCUCCUGAAAACUUGCCUAGAUGGCAGUGUGCACUCAUGUAACCUGUGCUCAAGGAUAGUGGCUGUUAAAAGUAUGUGUUGUGGAAAAAUGAUAUAUAAUUCUAAAUUGAGAAGGAAGGUGUACAUACAAAUACGUGUGUCUCAUUAAGUUCAUCAAUAAUAAAAUUCAAUGUCAUAUUUUCUGUUUUUAACCACGUGGGUUUCUUAAUUAGGUCAAUUAGAUCAUGCAAAAAGUGAGAAGAGAAAUAAGGAGUGAUCCUUUUACUAUAAGUAAUGGUUUCUAAAGCAAAACUUACAUCAGUAUUUCUUGCUGUUAAUCUAGAAGAUGAGUAACUUACCUGAUCAUGCUCAUUUAAUACUAAUUGCUGGAAAUAAUUAUUGUACAUAGUUUAAUUGUAGAUUUUACAAAUGUUACUGUGAGAUUUUUAGUAAGUUGGAUUUUUAUUUUUAAAUUUUCCACAUGUCUACAUUACCUAACAUGUAGCUGGAUUAUACACUAACAACUUUUUGUAUAAACUACAUCAUGCUGGAUCCUGGGACAGGAGACUAGAGUUCAAGAAGGAUCUCGGAGCCUUCAUAGGAUCACGGAUUUAUUAACUGCAGAUGAAAGACUCGUACAUUGUCUCUUGUCAUCUAAUUCAGCUAAGGCUGUAGUGCCAUAACAAUUUCAUAGUCAUAAACAGUGUGUCAAUUAAUAAAAAACUAAUUUAAACCAA